GGUAGCGCAUAGGGAACCCUGUGCUGCCACUUUCUGGGAAAAUUAGAACUCAACGAGGCGAGCCCUAAGACACUAAAACUGGCCCACCGAAGCUCUCAAGCCAUUCGGCCCACAGAAGCUCAACGCUGCAACUCCUCUUCUUUUCGCCUCACGCCUAUUGCCCUCGUCGUUCCCAUUGCUGCAAAGAGCGCUCAGAGAAAGCUACAGUGAGUUACAGGAGAACAAUAGCAAAGUGUUCGUCUAAAUUGGGGUACAAUGUCUGGACCACCAGAAGAGAAGUUAGAUGGGACUAAUUCUCUAUUGGAUAGAAUGCUAUUGGAUGAGAUAGCCCCUGUUGUCAUGGUGCUUCGAACCCAACUUGUGGAAGAAGCAUGUCAAAAGAACAACUUGACUCUUAUUCAGAUGCUACAACCAUUUUCAGUUUUCGGAAAUAUUGAUGUUCCAGUACGUACUGUGAAUGAUCAGCCCUAUCGUCUACGAACUUUCAAAUUACGUUUGGUUUAUGCUUCUGACAUCUGUCAACCGAAUAUUGAGGAUUCAGAAAAGCAUUUGAAGAAGGUUGUCAGUGAUGCAAACGAGAAGGCUUUAAAUGACAUUCAAGAUGAUUCUCCAAAACUUGAAAUGACAGUACCAAUGGCAGAUCCAGAAUAUAUGUCACCAUGGUUUCGGGUCUUCAAUAAGGCACUUUUACAUACUGUAUCCUUUUCAGACCAUGAAGCUUUUGAUCACCCAGUAGCCUGCUUAAUUGUAGUCUCUACUAAGGAUGAACAGCCAAUCAACAAAUUUGUAGACCUUUUCAAUACUGACCAGUUACCUUCAUUGCUAAAUGAUGGUGCAAUGGAUCCGAAAAUACUGAAGUAUUAUUUGUUAAUACAUGACAGUCAGGAUGGUAGUUCAAAUAGGGCGAAUGAGCUUUUAGCAGAAAUGAGGAGUACAUUUGGCCCAAAUGACUGUAGAAUGUUGUGCAUCAAUUCAUACAAGGAAGGGGAUGAGCAAAGAAAUGACAAUCCGUGGAGUCGUGUAGCUGAUACCUCUGGGGGGCAAGACAUUGGCUGUUUUCUUAACAUUGAUGAUGUUGAUGAGAUAAAAGAUCUGAUGCUGGAUCUCUCUUCCAAACACAUCAUCCCUUACAUGGAACAGAAAAUACGCUCACUCAAUCAGCAGGUUUCUACAACGAGGAAGGGAUUUAGAAACCAAAUAAAGAACUUGUGGUGGAGGAAAGGGAAAGAAGACACUGCUGAUGCCCUGAAUGGCCCUAUGUAUACUUUUAGUUCUAUAGAGUCGCAAAUCAGAGUCUUGGGCGACUAUGCCUUCAUUUUGAGAGAUUAUGAGCUUUCUUUGUCAAGUUAUCGGUUGCUUUCCACUGAUUAUAAGCUUGACAAGGCAUGGAGGCGUUAUGCUGGUGCACAGGAAAUGAUUGGUCUUUCACUAUUUAUGCUGGAUCAGUCUGGAAAGGAGGCUGAAUACUACAUGGAAAAUGCUUUCAGCACGUAUUUGAAAAUGGGUUCCUCUGGUCAGAGAAAUGCUACAAGAUGUGGUCUUUGGUGGGUAGAAAUACUUAAAGUGAAGGGACAAUAUAAGGAAGCAGCAACAGUUUAUUUCCGUAUUUCCACCGAGGAACCUAGUCUCCAUGCGGCUGUUAUGUUUGAGCAGGCAUCUUAUUGCUAUCUGCGCUCUACUCCACCUAUGUUGCGGAAGUAUGGGUUUCAUCUCAUUCUUGCUGGUAAUCGCUAUAACAUCUGUGACCAGAGAAAACACGCUGUUAGGGCAUACAGAAGUGCUCUUCCUGUGUAUAAGGAGCAGGCCUGGAGUUAUAUAAGCGACCAUGUUCAUUUUAAUAUUGGAAGGUGGUACGCACUUCUUGGGAUGUCUAAUGCGGCAAUCCAGCAUAUGUUGGAAGUUCUUGCUUGUAACCAUCAGUCUCCAACAACACAAGAAGCUUUACUGGGAGACUUCCUUCAAAUUGUUCAGAAGUUGGGAAAGAAGUAUGACGCACUUAGACUGCGAUUACCUGUUAUCAAUGUCGCCUCUCUCAAAGUCUUCUUUGAGGAUCAUAGGACUUUUGCAUCUUCAGCUGCUGCUCUUGUCAAUGAACAUGUGUGGCGGUCUUUGGAGGAGGAUUUGGUUCCAUCUGUCAAUCCUAGUGGGGCAAAUUGGCUUUAUUCACUACCUAAGUCUUCCAGAAAAAAUAAUGACUCCCAUAUUUGUGUAGCAGGAGAGCCAAUAAAAGUUGAUCUUGAGUUCAAAAAUCCUCUUCAAAUCCCAAUUGUUGUAUCGUGUGUUCGACUAAUAUGCAAAUUUUCCCCAAUAUCCAGCACAGGGGAAUAUGAUCUGGAUUGUGCUCAGUCUGUAAAUGAUGAAAAUGGAGGGAGAUCUGAUACUGGAUCCUGUGAUGCUAUGGAAGUCUCCAAUAGGGAAUCAAAUGAUGAUUGUUCAUCAUUUAUAUCAUCAGAGGUUGAUUUCACUCUGGAAGGAGAUGAGACUAUGAUGGUACAAUUGAAGGUUUCUCCUAAGAUGGAAGGUAUCCUCCAGAUAAUUGGAGUCAGGUGGACGUUGUCUGGCUCUGUAGUGGGUUAUCUUUAUUUUGAUUCUCAUUUGGCAAAGAAGAAUUGUUCAAAAGGGAGGAUUGCUGCAUCAAAAAAAACUUCCAAAAAUAAACUCAAGUUUACUGUGAUCAAGAGUCUACCUAAACUUGAGGCUCGUAUUCAUCAACUACCUCUAAUGGCCUAUUCAGGAGAUUUGCAGCGCAUCAUUUUGGAAGUUUCAAACCAUUCAGACUCAUCGGUGAAAAAUAUGAAACUAAAGAUAAGUCAUCCAAGAUUUGUCGUUCCUGGGAGACUUGAAGACCUGGACAUGGAAUUUCCUGGAUGUUUAGAAAAGCAUAUAAGCCAUGACAUACAUGAUAUGCAGGAUAAUGCUAUGGAUAAGUUGAAGGGGCUUUCUUCAUUUCCUAAGGAUGCUGGAAUUCAAGGUGGGACGACCUUACUGUGGCCACUCUGGCUACAUCCAGUUGUGCCAGGAAACAUAUCAUUGAAUAUGUCGAUCUAUUACGAAAUGGUAACUCCAUCAGAGCAUAUGAAUUAUCGCAUCUUAAGAAUGCGUUAUGAUUUGGAGGUUCUUCCAUCCUUGGAUGUAUCAGUGCAGAUUACUCCUUCCCCCUCAAAGUUGCAAGAGUUCCUUGUGCGUAUGGACAUUGUGAACAGGAGCAACUCAAAGAAUUUCCAGCUUCGCCAAGUAUCAUCAGUUGGAAAUUCAUGGCAUCUUUCAGAAUUGUUGCCAACCCCUUUGGGAGAUCAACAACAGGAUGAACGAACACUCAAGCAGGAAACUAUUUACCGCUCAAGUUCUAAUUGCCCCCGUCAAUUGUUAGCAGUUGGUCAAGGGCUAUCACAAUUUUUUAAGCUUAUGGAAGUUAGUAAGACAUCCCGUUUGAAAGGUGCACUUGAGCGGCAAAGCAGCUUAAGCCUGGAUAUCUCAAGCAUUAGCAAAUCAGAAAUUGAUGUGUCUAGCAUGCCUCUUUCAGAAUUCCAUAUUCAAGAAAUAUGGCAUCAAGAGAAACAGUCGGCUCAGGAACAAGGAAGAACAGUUGAUUUAGUUCUGAUCUCUCAAUGGGAAAAAACCAGCCCUGAGCCAGAGCAGCAGUCAGGUUCACAACAGCUUUUUGUCCAUUAUUUAUGUCACUGCAGUGCGGACAUGCAAAGUCCCAUACAGUGGCAGAUGGAUGGUCCCCGAAUUGUGACUCAUGACUUCUCUGAUUCCUUUUGUGAGAUUGGCUUCCAGCUAACUAUCCGAAACAGCUCUGAUUAUAUUGCAUCAGUUAGUAUCAAUACCUCAGAUGACAUCCCAUUCCCUAGCCAACAAAGUGAUCCAUCUCAAACAUCACAUGUGGGGUGGCACGAUAUUUCUCUCUCAAACGGUGGGAAGGUCCCAUCCGAUAUUCAAGGGCAAAGAAACACAUCUACUAGGACAUCAGUGGAUUCGAGUUUGCCCUUUCUUUGGUGUGCCUCAAGUUCAACUAAGAUUAAAUUGGAACCGAUGUCAUCCAUGGUGGUUCCUGUUCGAAUUUGUGUUAUGGCACCCGGGACUUAUGACCUUUCAAAUUACACAAUAAAUUGGAAACUCAGGUUCGGUACAGAGGAAAACUCGGUUUCAGGCUUGUUGGGCCGGAGCUGGGGUACGAGUCCUGGACAUCCAUUCUAUCUUACUGUGCUUCAAUCUAGUUGAUUCAUGGUGUUUUAAUCACAUAAUUGACAAGAUCUGAGCUAGAGUGGUGGCUGGUUUUUGUGGGUUCGAUAGCAAUCGCGUGGCCUGUUUUAUCUAUGUCUGUGCCAUGAUUUUUUGUAAAAUAGUUUUUAUAGUUCCAUUGAUUGCUGGUCAGUUUAUAUUUUUCCAUUCUUUGCCCUAUUUAAAAGCAUUUUUUUGGGUGGUGAGAAUAAAAGAGAAGAUUUCAGCUGAUUAAGUGGAUCUUCUUGGUGGGUCUCCAAGAAACGUGCUGAUCAACUGGUAAAAAAGGGAACAAAAUUUGUGCUGAU